AUGCCUCCCUCACCGACUCAGUCCCUUCACCAACUGAGCGUUGAGAACUCGUGGUUCGCAACGCGUCCGUUAUUCUGGACCUCUCAACACCUUGAUCUCCUGGGCAUUCGCUUCCUGCACUUCGAUCGGCCCAUUCAUCCACCGCAGCCUCGCGGAGAUGCCGCUGCAGAUCUUGACUCAGUCUAUGUUAUUUUUCAUGUCAUGCGCCUUGCCACGGUUCCGGACACCGAAAGCAAGAUCAAGUCUGCCAUUCAUCUUCUUUGUACCCCAGGAAGCCCUCUUCAACUCAAGCCAAAGCCGUAUGUCGCGAAGUUCUUCUACGCAGGACGCCCCGUUCAUCAAACGUUCUGCUAUGCCCUUCAUGUAGCCAAGCCAUCUCCCCAGACGCAGCCACCGGUUAUCGGUUGUGCCUAUUACCGAACGUUCCUCCGUGAGCGGCAGAGACGGUACACUCCUCCGUCUCACCCCAGGAAAAAGGCCAACUCUCCAGUCAAGAGACUAUGCGACUCCCACUUGCGAAGAAUCAUCCCGGAGAACUGGGCGGAGGACCCUUACAUCGUCUGUCUGCUGUUGUCCCUGGCACAAGCGCAGGCAAUCAAACAGAAGAGAGCAAUGCCAGAGACUUUCCCUGUGCGACUCCUCGUGGCUUUUGACGGGGACAAGAAUUUCGCCCAUGUCUUCCAGGCUGACAUUGAUGCGCGCAUCCUCCAAGCACUCAACGAACCGAGAUUCGAUUUGAAUGGAAUCACAUGGCCCAAUGUUACACACACGAAAGUAGCCUUCGACCCUUACCUGACCUUUCCGCAUCGCAUUGUGGCGGAGAUGCUUGGGUCUUACAUGGAGCAUAUGUAG